UUACAUUCCCACAGCAACUACAAGAGAAGACAGAAGAACAGUAAACCUCCAAUUCCCCCAUCUCUCUCUCUCUCUCUCCCUCUAAUAGCCCACACUUUGCAGAAUAGAGGGAGCAAAGUUUGAUCACUUUCUCUCUCUAAAGGGUCUAGGAGAGAGGGAGAUUAUUUGUAUAUAUUAUAUAUAUAAAUAUAUAAGUUUUUGUUCGAAACAAACGGAAGAUAUUUUGAUCAUGGGUGGUGAGCAGAGAUUUGCUGUUCUUCUGUGUGCUGAGGAUUCUGAUUAUGUUAAAAAGAGGUACGGAGGGUAUUAUGGGGUUUUCGUGGAAAUGCUGGCGGAGGAAGGGGAGACUUGGGAUGUUUUCAGGGUGUCCAGCGGUCACUUUCCCGAUGAAGAUAAGAUCGGUGACUACGAUGGCUUUGUUAUAACUGGGAGUUGCAAUGAUGCGCAUGGGAAUGACGUUUGGAUCUGUAAGUUGAUUGCUCUCUUGAAGAAGUUGGAUUCCCUCAAGAAAAAAGUUCUCGGGAUUUGCUUUGGUCACCAGAUACUUGGUCGUGCACUGGGCGGAAAGACGGGACGUGCCGUCUCAGGUUGGGACAUUGGAGUGACAAAUCAUUUGUCAUCAUCCUCGUCAAAGCUCUUCUCAUCUCUGAAAAUCCCAGCCACUCUUUCCGUGAUCGAGUGCCACCGAGAUGAGGUUCGAGAACUUCCAUCAAAAGCAGAAGUGAUAGCAUGGUCUGAGAAGACUGGGGUGGAGAUGUUUAGGAUAGGGGAUUAUAUGAUGGGCAUCCAAGGCCACCCGGAGUACACCAAAGACAUUCUGCUUCACCUGAUUGACCGUCUUCUGCAGCGCAGUUUUAUUGCGGACUCUUAUGCUGAUGAGUUGAAGGCAAACCUGGGGAAAGUGGAGCCUGAUAAGGACGCUUGGAAGAAACUGUGCACCAGCUUCCUCAAGGGUAGAUUAUGAUGAAAUAUUUUCCUUUUUAACAAGUUUAGGAAAAUUUCAAAAAGAAAUUGUAAAUAUGGACUCUUUAUUGAGAAGCAAGUUGAGGUUGACGGAAGUUUAGGGAGGUUGUGGUAGCACAGAGAAAUGCCAAGAAAACACAGCUGCAUUAAGCAUGUGAAAGCUCUGUAUAGGUUGGAAUUGGAUGUGGUCUUCUUUUCCGGGUUAAUAAAAUUUUCAGGAUUUAACAA